CGUCCUGGGGUGUUACUUCGGCCCUGCUGCUCUCUAUAUCUGGGCCAUCGGGAUCCUCGCUGCCGGCCAGAGCUCCACGAUGACGGGGACGUACUCCGGGCAGUUCGUCAUGGAGGGCUUCCUGAACCUCCGCUGGUCCCGUUUCGCCCGGGUGCUGCUGACCCGCUCUAUCGCCAUCACCCCCACCCUCUUCGUCGCCAUUUUUCAGGACGUCGAACACCUGACCGGCAUGAACGACUUCUUAAAUGUUCUGAUGAGCCUCCAGCUUCCGUUUGCUUUGAUCCCCAUCCUGACAUUCACCAGCCUGCCCAGCGUCAUGAACGAUUUCGCCAACGGAUUGUUCUGGCGGAUCAGUGGUGGCCUCCUGAUCCUCCUGAUCUGCAGCAUUAACAUGUACUUCGUGGUGACCUACGUCAUAUCCCUGAACCACAUGGCUUUGUACAUUGGGGCUGGGAUUCUCAGCGUCAUCUACCUGUCCUUUGUGGCGUAUUUGGUAAGUCCAGCUCCAGCAGAGGCUGCUCGUAGGCAGGACAAGUCGAUGGAUUUAUUUUCUCCCCAUUAGGUCAAUACCGUCACGUUUUGCAGGCGUUAAAGUCGGCCGCAGGGUCAGAACAGAUGGGGAAGUUGAGGCUUUCGCGGCCGGAUUUGCAUGAGAAUCAGUUCUGUGCCGCGCCUGCCAACCCACACAGCCUUGCCCCGGCUUUUCCGAUCGUCUCUUUAGCAAUUCGUGUGCUCGCUCUUCCCAAAAAGGCCUCGGUUUUAUGUCAUGGUGGGUGAAAGGAUGGCAGAGGCUUUGGGAUAUCGUGCGGCUGCCCUGCACUUUGCCAGAGCUGUAAAAUUGUAGGAUGAUUGGAGAAUCACCGAGCGGUUUGGGUGGGAAGGGACCUUGAAGAUCAUCUGGUUCCAACCCCCUGCCGUGAGCAGGGACGUCCCCAACCAGACCAGGUUGCUCACAGCCCCGUCCAACCUGGCCUGGGAUGUUCCCAGGGAUGGGGUC